GAAGGGGGACUGAUGCCACAAUAAUCGACCGCCUGGAACUGCCGAAGGCGUGCGCGCUCCGUCUCGAACGAGCGACGCGAUGAGGGUCAUCUACCCUCCGUCUGCACCACGAAAUGUCGUCCGUUUCCGAGACGCUCGAGGCACGCGCGAGUUCCCUCCGAGAAGGUUGAUGAUGGAGGGGGGCUCUCUGCGACGAGAAAGGGAGAAGGGGGGAUAUUCAUGCGCUCCUAUGGAUUUCCUCGGUGACCCCCGUCGUUGGAUGUGUGCCCGCGCCCCCUCGUGCAAGAUUGACGACGGGGGAAGGGUAUUUCCCCGUUUUUUGGCGAAGGAGGAAGGUGGGGAUGCCCUUACUCGUCGAGAGGGGGGGGAUCCUAGGCCGAGCCGCCGGAGGCGCGCGUGCGCUUCCUCGGUGAACGAUGCGACGGGGAGGGGUCUCCCCCACCCCUUUUUGGGGAAAGGGACUGGUGCAGGCGCUUCCCACGACGGGAGGGGGGAGGGCGAAAUGUCGCCGCUAGAGGUACGCACUCGCACCCUUGGGCGAGGUGCGCGAUGGGGGAGGGAUUUCCCCACAUUUCCGAGGGAUUGGCCGUGGUAGGGGGCGACCUGCACACGCGAGAGGGGUGGCCAUAUUGGUCGAACCGCCGGAGGCAUGCGCGCGCUUCCUCGGAUGAGCUACGCGACGAGGGAGAUGUUCCCCCACCUUUUUGGGGCGGAAAGGCGUGGAUUGGGGGAGCCCUCACUCGGGAGAGGGGACGAAAUCGCUGGUAAUUCGUGCCCCUACCUUGUUCCCCCCUUCCAUAACCCCCUUUUUGGCGUGCUGAAAUCCUGUCUGACCGUUUACUUUGAAGGGGGCGCGCCGCUGGUGGCGCAUGCGGGCACUCUCGGCGAGUCAUGCGGCGAGGGUGCGGUGCCCUUUUCC